AUGGAUAAUCUUAAUGCAGCUUCUGAUUCUGAGUCAGUGAGCCAGGACCAUCAUUUCUUACUAAUAUGGGCAUUACAGUGGAAGAGUCACAGUAAAGAGGUGUCUCACAAAAGCCCACUUAUGGCACUACCAGUAAUGAUGUUGAUGCAAAGGCUUCCCACCCUGCCAGAGGAAACAGUACCUGUCCAACCUGUUCUAGGGUAUUUCCUCUGGAGGAAAUUGAAAUGCAUGCUGACCUCUGUGCAGACUCUUGGACUGACCCUGUAGGAGAGCUUUACAAGGAUGGCCAAAUAGAAGAAUACCUGGAGUCAGAAGAAACAUCUUGAGAUAAGCCUGCAUCUGAAGGUAGCGAGCAUGAAGGCAAUAUGUUGUGGCUUAAAGAAGUAGUGAAAACACUCCCACAAAAUUUGGAUUCUGGUAAGAAGACCAGGAUAAGUAUAACAAGGAAAUGCAUGUUUCAGGAUUACAUCAAAGAAAGGAAAAAGCAAUGGUUCAAUUCAAGACAACCACUUAAGGUGACCUUUAGUGGAGAACCGGCUAUUGAAGAUGGAGGGCCACUUCGUGAAUUUUUCACAGGUUUGUUAUUAGAUGGACAGUUUGUACACAUAACUAACCCUAGUAUAGAAUUUGUGGUUGCCCUUAAUAACCAAUAAUACCCUUGAUAGCCAAUCCAGUCUGCCUAACAGAUGAACUUUAUUGAUUUAACUUCUAGAUAAUAAGAAUUAUGUUAAUAGUACUUUUUUAAAGCAAGGGAUAAUUUGGGAAGCACACUUAUUUGUUUCCAUGUUAUGCAUACAAUGUAUAGGAAGUAUUACAGUGAGUCCUUUUCAUAACUUUAAUUUUUUUCUAUUGAACAGAAGUACUCAAACACAUCCAGUAGCACCUAUUUCCAGAUGGAAUGCCAGUUAACAGCAUGGCAGCAUUGGCUAAUAAUGAGUUUACAGUAGCUGGAGAGUUAAUGGCAGCCUCUGUUGUCCAAGGUGGUCCUGCUCCAUGCUUCCUGUCAAAAGAGGCUUUUGGCUAUGUAGUAGAUGGCAUUGAUAGUGUAUCUAUUGACGACUGGAUUUCAAAAGUGCGUAAUGAGAAAUACAAAGGAGCUAUUGAAGAGGUAAGAACAAUCAGUCACUAUGUAAAUUAUGAGGAUAAAAAAGUCUCCUUUUCACCCUGCCUGUCCUAUAAGAAUUUAUUUGAAAUAUUCUAGUGUUCUGCUUUAUUAAUUAUAUUUUAGGUAAGGAGCUGUAGCACCGAUGAAGAACUGAGGCAAGUUCUUAUGAAAGAUGACAUCCUAGACAUUCCAUCAUUUGUCGGCUACAGAGGUGGGCCAUCAAAGGAAACAAUGAGUUCCAAGGAAUCAAUAUCAAGGUAGUUAUUGUGACUCUGACUAUAUCUUGGCUAGGAUUUUAGUUAACGUCAAUAUAUUUGAAAGAGAAAGCUAAAUUAGAUAAUAACGUCAGGUGAUAAUUUCUUUUUUAAAACUGGUUGUUUUGAAAUCAUAGUUUUUGUAACAGCAACAAAUUGUAUGGUUUAUGUCAUUUGGUAUAGUCAAGG